AUGCAGAAGAUUAAAAUAAAUGAGAAGAAGUGCUGUCUAGUGGUACUGGAUGGAUGGGGAUACAAUGAAGAAAUAAACCCAGAAAUAAAAGAUGGGAUUAUUUUAGGGAGACCAAAGUAUAUGGAAUCUUUGUGUAAGACGUACUAUAGUGCCUUGUUGUAUGCGCAUGGGAGAUAUGUGGGUCUUUUAUCAGAUGAGUCUAUGGGAAAUUCUGAGGUAGGGCAUUUAACAAUAGGCUCUGGUAGAAUUGUACAACAAGAUAGUGUAAGAAUUAGACAGACACUCUCUAGUGAUCCUUUGUCUUUAGCUGAGAAAUUGUUCCUAAGUGGUACUAGACUGCCUCAAAUUCACAUACUUGGGAUUUUGUCAGACGGAGGCAUACAUGGCCACUGGAUGGAUAUCCGGGAUAUGGCAAUUUUAGUUGCAGAGUUCUGUGAUUUUGUAUAUAUUCACACAAUAUCAGAUGGCCGGGAUACGCGUCCUUCUGAGUACCUGAAAUAUUUGGAUCUGUUGAUGGAAAGUGUCCCUGAGAAUGUUUUGGUUGUUUCUGUUUCUGGCAGAUUCUACAGUAUGGACCGUGACAGAAGGGAAGAGCGCACGGAGGAAGCACUUUCUGCAAUCACAAACAGAAAAAACGAACUACCUGAAAAGAUGAAAACUGAAAGUCUCUCCAGAAGAGAGUGCCUAGAGAACAUAAAAAGACACGUUAAUUCUUCUUAUUCUUCUGGUAUCACAGAUGAAUUUAUUGUGCCAUUUUGUUCUUCCCAUGGAAUACAAGAGGGUGACACUGUAGUCCUGACUAACUUCCGGAUUGACAGGAUCAAGCAAAUAUACAAUAGACUAAAUAGUUAUGGGAAUGUGUAUACUAUGACAAGAGUAUGCAAUGAGCAAAAAACUGAAAAAGUUCUAUUUGAAAGGCCUUCCGUUAAUAAUGCACUAGGUGAUGUAAUUGAGUCUUUAGGUCUGCAGCAAACACGCAUUGCAGAGAGUGAAAAGCAAGCUCACGUGACAUUUUUCUUUGAUGGUGGGAAAGAUGUCUGCAGGGAGCAUGAAAAAAGAAUUAUUCACCAGAGCCAAAAGGUGCACACCUUUGAUGCAGCACCAGAGAUGAUGGCAGCUGCAGUUGCAGAGUCUGUUUGCAGUAGUAUUGCAAGUGGAGAUGACUUUAUUCUUGCAAAUCUAGCGAAUUGUGAUAUGGUUGGGCACACGGGUUCCCUUGAAGCCACAAUGGAUGCAGUUAAGUUUGUUGAUAAUGAAGUAUACAGAAUCUACUGUGCAGCAAAGCAGCACGGGUACAAUCUUGUGAUUACAGCAGACCAUGGGAAUGCAGAAAUAAUGAAAGACGCAAAGGGCACAGUUAAGUCACAUACAACAAACAGAGUACCCGUUAUAAUCAUCAGAAGUACAGACUACAAGGAUGAAUUGUCUCAGGGAAAUGGUCAAUUUGACUUUGCACCCACCAAGGACAGAGCUCUUUGUGAUGUAGCCCCUACCAUUCUUGAUCUUAUGCAGCAGAAUAUUCCAAAGGAAAUGACAGGUACAUCAUUACUGCCUAACUGUACCAUGGAAUAA